AUGGAUGGGAAGAUGAGCUGGGCCAUUGCCGAUGCCACAGACCACAAAGGUUUCCCAGCCGAUAGAUCUAAAACAGGUGGUUGGGUGCCGGCUGCGCUUAUUUUAGGGAUUGAAAUUUGCGAGAGGCUUUCAACAAUGGGAAUAGCAGUGAACUUGGUGACAUAUUUGAUUGGAACUAUGCAUCUGCCUAGCGCAACCUCAGCCAACAUAGUAACGGACUUCAUGGGCACAUCUUUUCUCUUGUGUUUGCUUGGAGGCUUUCUUGCUGAUUCUUUUCUUGGCAGAUACAAGACAAUUGCAAUAUUCGCUGUGGUACAGGCACUGGGUACUGGAAUGCUUUCCAUUUUGACGAAACUGCCCCACCUACACCCUCCCCCUUGUCACAGUACUAGCUAUUCGUGCAUUCAAGCAAACGGGUUCCAGAUGGGAAUUUUUUACUUGGCUUUAUAUCUGAUUGCCCUGGGGACUGGUGGCCUAAAAUCAAGUGUUUCAGGAUUCGGAACUGAUCAGUUUGACGAGGAAAAUGAAAAGGAGAAGUCCCACAUGGCCUAUUUCUUCAAUAGGUUCUUCUUCUUCAUUAGCAUAGGAACUUUGAUGGCCGUUACGGUGCUUGUAUAUAUACAAGAUGAAGUUGGUCGCAGCUGGGCUUAUGGGAUUUGUUCUGUUUCGAUGUUUAUAGCCAUCUUUGUAUUUCUUUCGGGGACUAGACAGUAUAGGUAUAAGAGGAGUUCAGGCAGCCCCAUCGUUCACAUUUUCCAAGUUAUUGUAGCUGCUUUAAGGAAGAGGAAAAUGGAUCUCCCUUACAGUAUUACCUUAUUGUACGAGGACACCCCAGAGGCUUCAAGAAUCCAACAUACAGACCAAUUCCUUUUGUUGGAUAAGGCAGCCAUUGUUGCACAAGGAGAUUUUGAGAAUGCUGGCUCUGAUCCCAAUUCAUGGAAGCUAGUCUCAGUGACAAGGGUUGAGGAAGUCAAAAUGAUGGUGAGACUAUUGCCAAUCUGGGCCACAACCAUCAUAUUUUGGACAACUUAUGCACAGAUGAUAACAUUCUCAGUUGAGCAAGCAUCAACAAUGGAGAGAUCAAUAGGAAGUUUCCAAAUUCCAGCAGGCUCUCUCACUGUCUUCUUUGUGGCAGCUAUUUUAAUUACUCUAGCAAUUUAUGAUCGUUUGAUCAUGCCUCUUUGGAAAAGAUGGAAGGGAAAACCAGGCUUCACAAACCUACAGAGAAUAGCUAUUGGCCUUGUACUAUCAACUCUUGGAAUGGCAGCAGCAGCACUAGUCGAAAGAAAACGAUUGUCAGUAGCCGGAGCUAUAGGUGGCAACACAACAACACUUCCCGUGAAUGUGUUCUUAUUGAUACCCCAAUUCUUUUUGGUGGGUUCAGGUGAAGCCUUCAUAUACACGGGCCAACUUGAUUUCUUCAUAACUCAAUCACCGAAAGGAAUGAAAACUAUGAGCACUGGACUCUUCCUCACAACUCUCUCUCUUGGCUUCUUCUUGAGUAGUUUCUUGGUCAUGAUUGUGAAGAGGGUGACGGGAAAGAAUGGUGGCCAGGGAUGGCUAGCUGACAACAUAAACAAUGGGAGGCUUGAUUACUUCUAUGGACUUCUUGCCAUACUUGGGGUCAUAAAUUUUGUUGUCUAUCUUAUCUGCGCAGUGUGGUAUAAACCUAAAAUCACUAAACCAAGUUUGCAGAUGGAGACUAUGGGUGAGGGGAAAUGCUAG